AUGCCACUACCCGGCGAUCAACAUCGAGACACUCUAGCUACAACCAACCCAUUCGCCGAUCACAAACCACAUAUCUCGGAGUUCACUGCUCAAGAGAUUGCUACGCUGCAAUCGCGCCUAGAUAAACAACUAGGACCAGAGUACAUCUCCACGCGACCAGGAGCGGGAGGCGGCAAGCUUCAUUAUCUUGCGGCGGACAAGGUUAUCAAUCUAGCUAACGAGGUCUUUGGCUUCAACGGGUGGAGCUCCGCCAUUCAGAACGUCCAGAUUGAUUUCGUGGAUGAGAACACAGAGUCUGGCAAGAUCUCUCUGGGAUUGAGUACAAUUGUGAGGGUGACGUUGCGAGACGGCACAUUCCAUGAAGACAUUGGCUAUGGUCACAUUGAGAACUGCAAAGGCAAAGCGGCUGCCUUUGAGAAGGCAAAGAAAGAAGCUGCGACUGAUGCCCUCAAGAGAGCAUUGAGGAACUUUGGCAAUGUGCUUGGUAACUGUCUGUACGACAAGGACUACCUGCAGAAGGUGACCAAGUUGAAGGUAGCGCCGAGCAAGUGGGAUGCAGACAAUCUCCAUAGGCAUCCAGACUUUGCGCCAAUUAAGAAAGAAAGCCUUGCACAGGUCGAAGCGCAGCCCACCAACGCUGUGGGUCCCGUGCGACAGUCGAGCGUUAAAUCUGGCUUGUCGGUCAACUCGGCCGAAUUUGACGAUGAUUUUGGCGGCAGUGGACUUGAGGAUGUGGACUUCAGCCACCCAGACGGAGUGAUACUGGACGACUCGACGAUAGCUGGGCCAGGUACUCCUGCACAGAAAGCUAUGGGUGUACCGCAGCACCCAGGCCACAGGCAAGGCGUACCUAGAAUGCACUCUAUGCCACACUUACGGCCGCCGAACGUACAACCACCGCAGCCGGUCCAGAAUCUGCAAGCCCCGCAAAGACCGCCGGGCGUGGCACGGCCACCGACCAAUGCUGCCCAGGCGCCACCGAACCGUAUGCCGCCACCUCCAGCUCAACAACCUGGGCCGAUGGAGAAGCCACAGCCGCCAAACGCACCGAUUGCAAGUGGUGUACAACGACCGCCUCUAGCACCACCGCAGAGUGCUGGACCAAUGCAGAACCAUUCAGACAAUUUAGGUGUUCGUUCCAACCCAUCUUCUGCCACCACGGUCGCGGACUCGCCGUCCGAUGUUCUCGCUGAACGGGAAGCAUCUAAGCAAGCGAACGGCAAUAACAUCGUUUCCAACGUUGACGGUCAGCAUAUGGACGAUCAGCAAAUGCCCAUCCCUCGUUCGCCGCCGCCAGGCUUCCCAGAAGGCUUUGUAACAGGCCGUAGUGCGGACCUACUGAACCAGCCCUCGGAAGCACGCCCUGUUGUUGGCCAUGCAAUGGCAUUUAACCCGCACGCCGACAGCCCUAGCAUUCGCCGCACACAUGGUGUGAACCCGGGAAGAAGUGCACCAGUCGCUCGCCAAGCGCUCAGCGGCCAGGCGAAUGGACAGCAAGGCCAUGCAUCGUCUGCCGGCAAUGGCAUGAACGGAGCAGUAACUCCAAUUCGAACCAACUUCGUUAACCCAUCAGCGGACUUGCACCGACGUAUUGGUGCACCAGCUCCGCCUGGCGGAAUGACGAACCGUGGCGCAUAUCGGCCUCCUACUGCGGUAGGCGUGAAAAGGCCGCCGCUUGCCGAUGUCAGCAACCUCGCGCAGAACCAAGUUGAUGGUGCCGGAGAUGGCGAGACGAUGGCUAAGAAGCUGAAGGUUGAGUCUGCGCCAGUGGUGACAAAUGAGGCGGCACGCGCUGCAAUAACGUGA